ACCAUAUAUUCAGUAUUAAUACGAUACAAUCAAUAUAAUAAAUUAAUAACCAUUGAUAUUACCUAUAAUAGAUUACCAGUUCAGAUUGUUUGACAAUGUUGAGAUUGGGCGCCAUUAUUCUAUGUUUGGUUGUGAUUACUCCACAUCCCUCACAAGCGCGACGGAAAUGUUGGCAUUGUUUAAAUGCGAGAAGCCAAGCAGAAUGCAUAGCCAAAGGACGUUUGGAAUUAUGCUUAGUGAAUGAGAAUUUUUGUCAAAACACUAUAAGAGCAAUCGGAGGAGGCAUCUAUUAUGAAGUCACUAAACGUUGCAAACAAACUGUUGGAUGUGAUAACAACCAAAAACAGAACAUAUCAGGAACUUAUCCAUUCCAAUGUGAUACUGAAUUACCUCACUCCGUAUGCAGAUGCUGUUGUGGUUUCGACAACUGUAAUGGUCCCAGCAUUGAUUGCAUGCAAAACAAACCAGAAUGUGAAAAACCUGAAGCACCAAGAAAUGGAUAUGUAUUUUGUCCAAGUCCUCCGCUGGUUUCUGGAACCUCAUGCUACUACAAAUGCAAGCCAGGAUUCAAGCUUGAAGGUAGCACUUCAACAGUUUGUGAAGUUGAAGCGACUGUAGCCGCUUGGUCUAAUGGACCACCAGCGUGUGUAGUCAAACCCUGCAGACGGCUCAUUGCACCGGUGUCCGGAAGCUUCGAUUGCACAGAUGGACGGAAUAUUGGAAGUCAAUGCGAUUUCAAAUGCGAACAAGGAAGAGUGCUUGUUGGGCGAAAACUUCUAAGAUGCUCACAUUUGUCGAUAUGGGAUCACAAGGAACCAACUUGUGAGCUUGUUACUUGCUUUCCUCCGAGGCCUCUUGAUCCAAACCUUCUUCCUGCUAAACCUAGUUGUACGGACCGGUAUAAUUAUGAAAGUGUUUGCAGCUUCUCUUGUCACCCUGACUACGAUCUAAUUGGAGCAGACCAGUUGAUCUGUGGGCCACCAAUUAGGUCCAAAAAAAAAGCUAGUUGGGAUAAUCGAACCCCAAUGUGUCAAAUCAAGAAAUGUCUUCCAAACUAUCCUGGAUGUUCGGAAAAGGUAGUUGGUGAAGAAUGUUCAUUCAGUUGUGAAGAAUGUAACAGAUUGAAAGGAAAUAGAAAUAUCACUUGCACCAAAGAUGGAUGGACCGGAGUUCCAGGAACUUGCGAGCUGAUUACAUGCAACCCAAGACCAAGCGCACCGGAAAAUGGAUUCAUCGAAUGCAGUGAAAAUAAUAACAAUUGCGGCAACGAUUGCGAUAUUUCAUGUUUUGAUGGUUUCAAAUUAGUCGGAUCCAGCAAUAUUGUUUGUCAGGAAAAUGGGGAAUGGAGUGGCGGCACUAUUCCAGCGGUGUGCGAACCUGACGAAUGCGACACCAUCAAUCUUCCGGGUAUCAUAGCUACCUGUCCCAACGGCAGAACCGUUGGAGAUUCUUGUUCUCUUCGCUGCGCUGGAGUCAAUAAAGAAUUUAUUGGAACGAAAAUUGUCACUUGUGAAAAACAGAUUGUUGGCAAACCAGACUGGGAACCGAAUCUUAAUCAGUAUUGUCGAGAUAUUCUCUGUUCGAACUUUCCUCGUCCGAAUGAACGACCACGCUCGGACGUAGGAACAAUAACGUGUAAUCCUCUUGCAAAUCGAGUAGAAAGCGACAGGGACGGACGAGAAGGAUGGAAAGUUACUACACAGUGCGAAAUAAGUUGUAAUGAUAACUAUCAGGCACGCCAACUAAUAGAUACAAGCACAUGUAACGAUGAAGGCCUUUGGACUGUUAAUCAAUUAUGUUGUGUGGCAUGUUUACAAAACACUGCACUCGAUGUUGUUGUACUUAUGGAUAAAACUGAAACUUCGUCCGAUGAGAAAAAUUUAUGGAAUAUAAGGAUGGAUUUCUUGGUUAAUUUCACUGAUUUCAUCGUUGUUGAAUACGGAUUUAACUUAAAUAUAACGUUUGUUCCUUAUUCAAAUGAUGUCGACUUAACAAACUCGAUUAAGUUCAUGACGAUUGAUGACUUUGAGUUUGCAGUCGAUAACGAUUUGAGAGAUACUUUAAAGGAUAUUCCGCUCGGGAAACCAACAGAUCCUUCAAAUGCUGGUUUGGCGAUGAAGUUUGUUGCAGAUAAUAUAUUUGGAUUUCAUAACUUCCGUGUUCCGAUGAUAUUUCUUCUCACGACCAGAACACCGAGUGACCUACCUCUUGCUAGAUCUGUGAGCCGCGACUUACAGGACAGAAAUAUUCACGUGAGAAUUUUUCCGAUCGUAGACUCAUUCAAAUCAGAUCCAGGAUCAAAUAGAAAAGCUUUUGAGUCUUUGACUGAGAAUGCGAAAUACGUCAUUGACGCUGAAGGAUCGUCCGAAACGAGCGACAACUUUUACAUUAGUGCUUCAGAACGGUUGAUUACGGUUACAAUCAAACAGUGCAACGAAAGAGCGCAGGCUCUACAACCGUGCUUUUUCCAGAGACCGUAGUUUAUGUUAACUGCAGUUCAAAUCUGAAGAUAUUAGAUAUUAGUCUUUUUCAUUUCUAUAAUCCGUGGUGACAGCAGUUUAUUGUAGUCUGGAAUCAGUAUGUUUCCCAGGGGGGUGGAUAUUUUGUUAUUAGUGAUAAAACAAUUUGUAACUUAUAAAUAUGUGUUUUGUAUAUGAAUGAUCAUCUUCACCGGCAUAUGAGCCACUUUCUGAAUAUCCGAAUACAUUUUUACUUAUGUUAAGAAUUAAAGAAUGUUGUCACACCUGAAAA